AUGGCUCGAGGCCCCCUUUGCUUCAGGUUCGAGUCACGGCUGACAUCUGGGUCUGCAGGCAACCACGACAUCACGCUCGACCAGGAGUUUUACUCCCAGCACGGCCACUCCUUCCACAACCAAGAUCCGCAGUCCCCAGAAUCCUGCCUCUCCCUCCUGACGUCCUCCCCCUCCAUCACGUACCUCACCCACAGCGCCACGACCGUUCGACUCACAUCGCCGCGCGGCCCACGCACCACGUUUAAAGUCUUCGGCUCGCCGCACGCGCCUCGCCACGGCCGCUGGGCCUUCUACUACGACGCGGAGGACACGCCCGCCGCGACGGCGCUGUGGGACGCAGUCCCGCCGGACGCGGACGUGGUGGUGACGCACACGCCGCCCCGGGGGCACCGCGACGAGACGCCGGAGCGGCGGAUGGGCGGGUGCGAGGCCUUAAGGAGGGCGCUUUGGCGCGUGCGGCCGCGCCUCGCCGUGUGUGGACACAUUCACGACGGUAGGGGCGCGGAGAGGGUGACGUGGGAUCUGGGGAGUGAGUUCGCGGAGAGGCAGACGGUGCCGUGGAGGGACCCUGCCGAGGGGAACAAGAAGGUGAGCUUGGUGGACCUCACGGGGAAGCACGCGCCGGCCCUCGACAACGACGGGUCGCGGGCGUCAAGUGGCGAGUCACGAGAUGAGGAGGACUCGGGCGAGAGUGUGAGUGUCGAGGCGUUGGGGAGAUGGGGUCGGCGGGAGACGUGCAUCGUCAACGCGGCCAUCAUGAAGAGCAGGUACCCGCACGUCGGGGGCAAGGAGUUCUACAAGCCCAUCGUCGUGGACGUGGACUUGCCCGUGUGGGAAGAGCGGAUCAGUAGCGGAUGA